AUGAAUUUUGCUACACCCAAAAAACGUCAAGAAUGGUUGGUUCAUGCAGAAGAUUAUACUGAUAUUUUUCUUCAACGAACGAAAUAUAUUUUACCGCAUUUAGCUCGAUUAUGUUUAAUAUCAACAUUUAUUGAAGAUGGUAUUCGUAUGUUCAUGCAAUGGGGUCAACAAAGAGAUUAUAUUAUGCGUUCUUGGGAUAUUGGAUGGUUUUUGGGUACACUUUUUGUUAUUAUAAAUCUACUUGGUCAAUUAGUACCAUGUGGAAUGAUUUUAGUUAGAAAAAAAACUGAUAUUGCAUGUGGAAUACUUUUUUUUAUACUUGCAUUUCAAGCUAUUGCAUAUCGAAUCAUACUGGAACCACGUUUCAUGCUUAGGACAUUAUCCCUUAUCGGUGGUAUAAUGUUAUUAAUGGUUGAAAAUCGUAAAGAAGCUCGUAGUUUAUUUGCUGGUGUACCAACAAUGCAUAAUAAUGCACCAAAAAAUUAUAUGCAAUUAGCUGGUCGUCUAUUACUUGUUAUUAUGUUUUUAACAAUUGUUCGUUUUGAAUUUACAUUUUUUUCAACAAUACAAAAUAUUAUUGGUGGUAUUUGUAUAUUAUGUGUUGCAAUUGGUUUUAAAACAAAAUUAGCAGCUUUAUUUCUUGUUAUAUUUUUAUCAAUUGCUAAUGUAUAUUCAAAUAAUUUUUGGUAUACACAUGCUAUACAUGGAAUACAAGAUUAUUUAAAAUAUGAUUUUUUUCAAACAUUAUCAGUUAUUGGUGGUCUAUUAUAUGUUGUUGCACUUGGUCCUGGUGGAGUAUCAGUUGAUGCAAGAAAAAAAGAAUGGUAA